AUCCUCUUGGCCUAUCCCUUUCCCAGAUUCACCGUCUUCAACACGAUGAGAAUGAGAUGGCCGCUAUUUUCCCGUUCCCCGCCGCGUUGCCGUUUAUCAGCGUUUCCGCGUGAGACGCUUUAGGUCCCAUCUCUUGCCUCUUCCUCGUCCUUGCUUUCUAGUUUCUCCCUUUCCUCCUUCAACUUCCACCCGCAACAGUAUCUCUCCAAACCAAACCUCCAAUUUCGUUGGUUUUGCAUAUAUAUGGGAUUCCUGCAAGCAAAACUGCAGUUAGCUCAUCUUCAUCUGAACCGGUAAGAGUCCAUCUGAUCUGCCUUUCGUUGGUUUGGCAAGACAAAUUGCUCAAUAGAAUCGUUCAAGUAGCCGUCCUGUAGUCUCCUCCUCACAUUCUCCAAGUUCCUUGGUUAGCUGAGUGACUACCCUCGAACACACUUCUUGUCGGUAGUCCAGCAGGGGGGAACAGGAUUCCAAUUAGAGACCUCCUACUUAACCUAGGGCUAGCAAAGCUCCUCCCCCUCUCUCCCGACCUCGAUCUCAAUCUCAAUGUCUAGGGGCGGUGGCUGUGGCUGUUGCGAAUGCUUCUCCCUCCUCCUCCUGUUGGGCCUCUCUGCACUUUUCACUUGGCUCGCGAUCCGACCAAAAGGGCCCACGAUUUCCGUUACGGCCCUCCACAUGCCGGCGCUCAAUCGGACGGCCGGUGAGGGUGGCCGAAACGGCACGGCCCGGAACGACACCAUCGCCAUGGACAUCAAAUUGGAGAACACCAAUAAGGACAGCGGCAUCCACUACGACGGCCUCAACGUCAGCCUAUGGUUCAACGGUUCCAGACUCGUCGGAGAGUCGCCGUUGCCGGCUUUCUACCAGGGAAAGAAGAAGACGGCGCACAAGCAGGCCGUGUUCAAUGGGACGGGAGACGGAUGGGAGGCGGUUUUGCGGGAGGGUUCCAACGCCAGUCAGGUGGUUUUCCGGGUGGUUUUGAAGACGUGGGUCAGAUACAAGGUCGUGUGGUGGAACACGGGCCACCACUCCGGGGAGUACGUGGGUAACGUCCCGGUGGGUACGGACGGAGAAAGGGUGGGCAAGAAUGGAGUCAGGCUCAAGUGAGAAAAAGUGAUUGAUUCUCUUUUCUUCUUCGUCGUAAUUCUUCUUUCCUUUAUUCGUUGGUAACUUGGUUUACUGUCUUUGAUUCAGAAUUGUUGCAUUCCCUUCUUUCCGAAAUGUAUGUAAUUUGUAUAUGUGCAACCAUUUUUACAUUUUCUUCUUCAAACAAGUGAAUGAAGUGGCCAGAAGUUCAUUUUCUGGUCUCACAUUUCCUA